AGUUCGGUCUCCUUACUCUUCCUUCCUGGUGUUAUUGUACCUUGUUUUUGUUUGGAUGCUCUGAAUAAAAAAUUAAAUCAAUUAAAUACAUAAUAUAUUUAUAUAAAUAUAAACACAUACUUACGGAUUAUAUACAAGUUAAUUAAUUAAUAACUACUAGUGUUUAAUAUACUUUACGAUGGCACACUAUAAAGGAGCGGCCAGUGAAGCAGGACGAGCCAUGCAAUUAAUGAAAAAGCGUGAAAUCGCACAACAGGAAAUUGAGUAUCGGAAGAAAAAAAUUGAAGAUGAUCUCAAAAUUCAUAACAUUGAGAAUAAAUUUGCAACUCAUUAUAAUGCUGUUGAACAGCAACUUAAAUCGACAACUAUUGGGCUGGUCACCUUGAAUGAGAUGAAAGCUAAACAAGAAAAUAUCGUGAGAGAAAGAGAGAGGAAACUUGCUCAAAAGGAAAGGGAGAAGGAAAAGGAAAAAGAAGAAGCUCUAUUUGCUAAACAAUUGGAAAAAAGUAAACAAAAGAAGCAAAUUCAAGCAUUGUCAUUUAAUCCUGACGACGACGACGAUGAUGAUGACGAUGACGAUGACGAUGACGAAGAACUCGAAGACUAUGUGCCGAAAGUGAAAAAAAUCAAGAAAAACCCUGACGUAGAUACGAGCUUUUUACCAGACAGAGAGAGAGAAGAAGAAGAGAAAAGGAUGAGGGAAGAAUUGAGACAAGAGUGGGCAACGAAGCAACAGGCCCUUAAAGAAGAAGAGAUCGAGAUUAUAUUCAGUUACUGGGACGGCUCUGGACACAGGCGCAGUGUCACAAUGAAAAAAGGAAAUUCCAUUUACCAACUUCUGCAGAGAUGUUUAGAAGUUUUGAAAAAAGAAUUUAGCGAAUUGAAGACAAUAAUGGCUGACCAAUUAAUGUAUGUAAAAGAAGACUUGAUUCUUCCGCAUCAUUAUACUUUCUACGAUUUUAUAGUUGCAAAAGCAAGAGGUAAAAGUGGACCUUUAUUUACUUUCGAUGUUCACGAUGAUGUACGAGUAUUACACGAUGCUUCAAUUGAAACAGAGGAAUCACACGCUGGAAAAGUUUUAUUACGUUCAUGGUAUGAAAGAAAUAAGCAUAUAUUUCCUGCAAGCAGGUGGGAACCUUUCGAUCCAACUAAAACCUAUGACAAAUAUACUGUUUCCGACAAAAGUAAAAAGAAAGAAAAGAUGUAAAAUUUCUUAAGGAAUGUUAUUAAUAAAUGAUUUAAUAUGUUUUGUAAAUAUGUACAUGAAAGUAAGAAAAUUUUCCUCCUAAGGAGAUAAUUGACGAAUAAACUAUACACACAUACAUGAA